AUGGUUGAAAAACGUAGUAGACAGAGUUCCAGUAGUGGCUCAGAGUUCAGUGUUCCACCUGAUGUCGAUAACCCGCCACUUUCUAUCCCUUUGAAGACUUUAUCAGACAGAUAUCAGCUGAUCGAAAAACUAGGUGCAGGAUCAUUUGGUUGUGUAACUUUAGCCAAAGCGCAAUUUCCUUUAUCGAACAUAUUGGGUAAACAACAUGAUAUAAGGGGUACUUUAAUGGAUCAGCCUAAAAAUGGUCACCAAAACUAUAUAACAAAGACACAAGGUGUAGUGGCUAUAAAGACAAUGAUGACAAAACUGCAUACACUCCAGGAUUAUACGAGGGUCAGAGAAAUUAAGUUCAUACUGGCAAUCCCAGCGAAUGACCAUCUGAUACAAAUUUUUGAGGUCUUUAUUGACUCUGAAAAUUACCAAUUACAUAUCGUAAUGGAAUGUAUGGAGCAAAACCUAUAUCAAAUGAUGAAACAUAGAAGGCGCCGAGUUUUUUCGAUUCCUUCUUUGAAAUCUAUUCUAUCGCAGAUACUGGCUGGGUUAAAACACAUCCACGAACAUAAUUUCUUCCACAGAGAUUUAAAACCUGAAAAUAUUCUUAUCACACCAAGUACCCAGUAUUUUGAAAAGGAGUACAUGAACCAGAUUGGAUAUCAAGAUAACUAUGUCAUUAAACUUGCAGAUUUUGGUUUGGCACGCCAUGUUGAAAAUAAAAACCCGUAUACGGCCUACGUUUCCACAAGAUGGUAUAGAUCGCCUGAAAUAUUAUUAAGAAGUGGUUACUAUUCCAAACCUUUGGAUAUUUGGGCAUUCGGGUGCGUGGCGGUGGAAGUUACUGUAUUCAGAGCUCUCUUCCCCGGUGCUAACGAAAUCGAUCAGAUAUGGAAAAUUUUAGAAGUUCUUGGUACACCUAUCAAACGUUCUGAUUUUGUUAAUACAAACCACAUCACAGCUCCACCACCUGGUGGAUUUUGGGAUGAUGCCAGUAAUUUGGUCCAUAAAUUAAACUUGAAAUUGCCUUAUGUAGAAGGUUCAUCGUUGGAUCAUCUACUUUCUAGCUCCCAACUAUCCGAUUUAUCUGAGGUUGUCAAAAAGUGUUUAAGAUGGGAUCCUAAUGAAAGGGCAACAGCCCAAGAGCUUUGUGAAAUGCCAUUUUUUGAAAACACCGUGGCAUCCCAAGUAGACGCAAGAGGCAAUGUGACUAAUACAGAACAAGCAUUGAUUUUUGCAGGUAUAAAUCCAGUAGCGACCAACACAAAGCCCAUAUAUUUUAACUCUUCAACAAAAUUGCCCGCAGAAACAGAGUCUAAUGAUAUUGAUAUCAGCAACAACGAUCACGAUUCUCAUGCUAUGUGCUCACCAACAUUAAAUCAAGAAAAACUAACUUUGGUAGAAUUUUUAAACGAAUUCGUUGAAGAAGAUAAUGAUGAUCACUCAAUACCUGAUGUUGGAACAGAUUCUACCAUUUCAGAUUCUAUUGAUGAGACUGAAUUAUCAAAAGAAAUUCGUAAUAAUUUGGCCCUUUGUCAACUACCAGAUGAAGAAGUCUUAGAUCAUUCAUUAUCGAAUAUUAGGCAGUUGACAAAUGAUAUUGAAAUUAUAAAUAAAGAUGAAGCAGACAACAUGGAACAGCUAUUUUUUGACCUGGAAAUUCCUGAAAAGGAUGAGUUUCAGAGAAAACAACCAUUUAAUGAACAUGCAGAUAUUGAUGAAGACAUCGUUCUACCAUAUGUGAACAACUCAAAUUACACACAUACAGAUAGGUCACAUCAUAGAGGUGAUAAUGUUUUGGGUGAUGCCUCUUUAGGCGAUUCGUUUAAUUCAAUGCCAGAUUUUACUCCAAGAAAUUUCUUGAUACCUACAUUAAAAAAAUCACGGGAAAAGUUCGAGCCUCAUCUAUCCAAUUCAAACCAACAUUUUGGAAAUGUAACCUUCUAA